AUGCUUGAUCUCCGCCUGGCCGGCCUGGACCUGUGUGGCUGUGUCUUCGCUCCCCAGGGCAGCUCUGGUUCUCUGCCCACACCUACUGAUCCUGCACGCUUGCUGUCUCCUGCCGCCCCACUCAGCUCCAUCCACACCUCCCGGAGUGCCAGGGAGACCCCUAAGCAGCAGGCAUGGCCCUGGCAUCAGUGCAGGAGCCCCAGGUCCCCUGGGGAGGUGGAGGGGUGCGUAGCAAGCGGGAAGGAUCCUGCAGAGUUCAGGGACACCGGAGCACUGGUCCAGGUCCUGGUGGUCAACCUGGGACCUCGACGCAUCGCUCAAGACCUGCGGCUGCUACUUCUGCAGCACCUGUUGUUAGGCAAAACCGACCAGGCCCCGCCGGUCGUGGAGUAUCCAGUGUGCCUGGUGUGUUUCCGGCUCCGCAGCCCCUCGUGUCCCAGUUCCAAGUACAAGACUGUCCCCCACCUGCUUGCUUUCCCCCAACUACUGCCCUGCGCCCAGGGCCGGGAAUCCGGACCGCUCCGCCUCGGCAUCGGCUUUGGCCUCCGCCUGCCUCAAGGCCAGGCCAAGGCUUUGCAUCUGCUGCCAAAAAGAAGACAGGAGAAAGCAAGACGUCAGCAGGAGGUCGCACAGGGCCCUGGAUACCAAACGCAGGAGUGCCCGUUGCCUUCCAGAUCUCCAACCCCAUCGGACUGGGCCUGGGCAAGUUCGGCCUCAGGCAUGUCUUCGAAGAUGGGGAACCUCAGAGCUGCAGGCUCUCUGCCCCCAAACUUCACCCAACGAUCAGGGUCUCCACCCCAGGCCCCAAAGCUGCACAAGGCCUCCAGGAAGCCCAGUUCCAGAGACACGGAGGCUUCCUGGAGCACCUCCUCCAAACCCCUCCGUGCCUGCCAGGCCCCAGAUCUCGGGGAGUCCCAGAGACACUAG